AUGAAUUCUGAAGGCAACACCACCACAGUUACAGCCAUCGACGAGCUUCAAAAAUUUGACGGGAGUUCCGAAUUUGAUCGACAAGUUGUUUGCUCUGUUCAUCAGCUUGAAAAAUCCUCUGGAGGGCCAUUGGCCGAACAAAUGGCGAACCCGAACAGCAAAACUUGGAAAAAAUCGAACCUUUUCUUGGAGAUACCCACACGAACACUCGAAAAUGUGUCUCGUCCAGAAUUUGUACAGAUAAAAAUGCCACAAACUCCGAUUCGAACCCCCAAGAGAGUGAGCUUUGCAUUAACACCAAGUCCCGGUUCGAGACAAUCCAUAAAGAGUAUUUUUCCUAAGCUGAACUCCAAGCAAAAUGUUGCUUCAACAACAAUUGACUCGCAAGAUAAACCGUCAUUAUUUUUGUUUUCGAGAAUGUUUACUCCUCGGAUAAAGACAACAUCGUCCCUCCCGGUUACCCCAAUCGGGAGUAGUUCGAAUCGAGACUCAGCUUGUGAUACAAAAGUAGUUCGUUUAAUGUCCCGAUCACUUUCUGUCCCGGCUCGCAACAAAAAGAUUGAUUCUUACUUUCGUGUUAUUCCAUCGACUCCUAAAGCAAAACCCGAAAAUGAGGACUUGUUAAAGACCUCAACUUCAAAUGACGAAAACAAUGAGAUCGAAGGUGAAGAUAUACCCAAAGAGGAAGCCGUUUGUCGGAUUUGUUUGGUCGAAUUAUGCGAAGGUGGAUCAACAUUAAAGAUGGAAUGUAGUUGCAAAGGUGAACUUGCUCUGGCUCAUCAAGAAUGUGCCGUAAAAUGGUUUUCGAUUAAGGGUAACAAGAUUUGUGAUGUUUGCAAGCAACAAGUCGAAAAUCUACCCGUUACGCUUCUAUGCAUUCAAAGCUCUAUCGAUCAAGCAAGUACUUUCGCACAGCAGAUGGAGAUUAAUGGAUACAGGGUUUGGGAGGACGUGCCGAUUUUAGUCAUUGUUAGCAUGCUAGCUUACUUUUGUUUCCUUGAGCAGCUUUUGGUUGGCAAAAUGGGUAGCAGUGCAAUUGCUAUAUCACUUCCAUUUUCUUGUGUGCUUGGACUUCUUGCAUCUAUGACAUCAUCAACUAUGGUUAAGAGGAGAUACGUAUGGGUUUACGCGUUUGUUCAAUUCGUGCUCGUUGUUCUCUUUGCUCAUAUUUUCUAUAGCUUGGUUCGCGUGCAAGUUGUUCUAUCUAUCCUUCUAUCCACACUGACGGGAUUAGGCGUGUCGAUGAGCUUAAGCUCGAUUCUUGUUGAGGUCUUGAGAUGGUCAAGACGGGUCCAAGUCGUUAUUUUAAGAAACCACAUUGAGACGAGCAAUCACAUAAUGUCUGAUGAUCCCGGUCAGGAGCAUAAUGCGGGUGAUGUGGAAAAUCCGGAAACUUCAGGCGGAAGGCCACCCAUCCCCGCAGUCCCCCGCCUCCCGCCACCUUCAGGCCGCACAUCUCCGCCGUCUUCCGCCUCCCGUCACAUUCAGAUCACUCGUCUCCGCCCCUAA